AGAGCCUGAACAGCCUUUAUGAGCAGCACAGAGAAACCAGACCCCAGAGCUAUGUGACAGACAGGUGUAGCGCCAUAACCCGGAAACACGACAGAGCAAAACAACAGGAAUCUUCGUACAGAAGUCAUGGACAAGAACAUUCAACAGGAUUUUGAGAACCAGUUCAAUGACGUGGUCUCAAGACUACAAUCAAAGCAGAUGUUUCAGUCAGAUUGGGACAUUGCCUCCUUCGCUGUUUUCUUCAUCUUUAUAGGUAUGGUCCUCUUGCUGGUUCUUUUGGUCCUCAUCCGCUGCUGUUGUUGCUGCUGCUGUGAUGAGAAGCCAAGAAGACAGAAGGUGGGCAUCGAGAAUAUGGGAAUGGAGCCAUGAUUUUCCAGAAAUGAUGGGAACCACUACAUUCAAAUCACUCACAAAAUAACAAUUAUGUGAAUAGAUUUUUAUAUCACUUAUGCCACCUAAUGAUUAUUUGUACUUGGAAAAGGUAAAUUUAUAGAGGAAGAAAAUAUUUUAGUUAGAUGCUUCCUUAUAGGAGUGAUAGAAGACCAAACCUUUCCCACCUGUGUAAAAAUGCUAUUAAUAUGUAACCAGGACAUCACAUGACUAAAGCUGUGUUGUCCAUUACAGAUUACACUUUCUAGCUAAACACAUUAUUUAAGCACUUUAUUGCAACAUUCCUGGGUGAAAAGAAUGCAGGCCCUUAACAAACAGCCUUCAUUGACAUUUUCUUGUUUAUGAAGAUCUUUUAAUCUGAAACCUGGCUGUUUGUGGUUAUCCCAGAUAUCACAACCACUCAACCAACACCUAAAGUUUUUAGUGAAAUGGUUUAGUCUUGACUUUUAAAUCUGAAAUGUAAUCAUUACAAAACUUAUAC